AUGAAAUUUCAGGAAAUGGCACCAAUUAAUUUGAUCAGCAGUGGAGAUCGAGGAAAACUUCUCGAUUCCUUCUGCGCUUUUCAGACGAAACUAAACAAACCGUCCGACAGCGAUGCCGAGCAUUGGGAUAUUGCCUUCCUUCUCUCUGGUCUUGAUUUCUAUUCAGUUGAGGGCGGCAAAAAUAAUUACGUCACGAUAGGUUUGUCCACUGUCACUGGCGUUUGCACUGACAAUUACAAUUGUGUCAUUGGAGAAUUCGGCGUCACGAAUCAGCAGGGUCCUUCUGAUCCUUCCACCGGAUUCACUUCAGUUUACGUAAUGGCUCAUGAAAUUGGCCACAAUUUGGGUAUGAGCCACAACAGCUCUGGAAACCCUUGCACUACAGAAGGAUUUAUCAUGAGUCCAUCUCGUGGUGUAGUAGGAGAGGCUACCUGGUCUACCUGCAGUGCCUCAACACUUGCCAAAGUCACCGAAACUUGCAUGAACGAUCUACCUACUGCUAAUCACCCCGAGUAUAAUGACGACAAAUACAGAGAUAGACCCGACCAGUCGUGGCCGGCCGAUGAGCAGUGCCGGAUUCUCUUGCGGGACAAAGCCGCUGUUGCUUACUUCGCCACAAACCCCGAUAUUGCCGCAUCUUGCAACUCGCUGAAAUGUAAAACACCAAACCGCGAUGGCUUCUUUACUUCUGGUCCAGCUCUCCCCGGAACCGAUUGCGGUAGUUCAAUGUGGUGUGAUGGAGCAAUCUGCGUUCCCAAAUGACUCCAAUAAAAAAUCAGCGAUAAAUUGAUAUUAAUCACUCGGACCAGGAAUAUGUCGGGAUAAUUUAAUUUACCUGAAUAGGGCUUGUGGUUCGGGAAUAUUGAAAAUUCAAUAAAUUUAACUUUGGUCUUUUCACUUAUAUUUUUAUGAUGGAGAGAAAAAUUGAAUAAACAUAAACGUAUAAAA